UCUAGGUGGCACAAGCAUCGAGACGGCGGCGCCAAAAGUCGGUGAAAACAAUAGAGCGUGAGCCUCGCGGGAAUGGCAGCGUCUGAGGAGGGGCCUGAGCGCCUGGAUAUCGCGCGCGGCCUGGAGAACGUGCCCGUGAGAGCGUGGCCCCCAGGGGCGGAGCCAGAGCCUUUCCAGUAUACUCCUGACCAUAUAGCUGGACCCGGAGCAGACAUUGAUCCCACACAAAUAACCUUUCCCGGAUGCAUCUGUCUCAAAACCUGCCUCCCUGGUACUUGCUCCUGUCUCCGUCGUGUGGAGAACUAUGAUGCUAAUUCAUGCCUUAUAGAUACAGGACGCGAAGGAAAGUGUGCCAAGCCAGUUUUUGAAUGCAAUAUCCUGUGCCAUUGUAGUGACCGGUGCAGGAACAGAGUGGUCCAGCGGGGUCUGCAGUUCCAACUCCAGGUGUUCAAGACAGAUAAAAAAGGCUGGGGACUUCGUACCUUGGAAUUUAUACCAAAAGGACGGUUUGUCUGUGAAUAUGCUGGAGAAGUUUUGGGAUACUCUGAAGUACAGAGAAGAAUUCAGUUACAGACAAUACAGGACCCAAAUUACAUUAUAGCCGUCAGAGAACAUGUUUACAGUGGGCAGGUAAUAGAAACAUUUGUUGAUCCUGCUUAUAUAGGAAAUAUUGGAAGAUUUCUUAACCAUUCUUGUGAGCCAAACCUGUUGAUGAUUCCUGUUCGAAUUGACUCAAUGGUACCAAAGUUGGCACUUUUUGCAGCCAAAGACAUUUUGCCAGAAGAAGAACUCUCUUAUGACUAUUCAGGAAGAUUUCUUAAUUUAGUGGACAGUGAAGACAAGGAAAGGCUAGAUCAAGGGAAAAUGAGGAAACCUUGUUACUGUGGUGCCAAAUCAUGUGCUGCUUUCCUCCCUUAUGACAGCUCACUGUACUGCCCCUUAGAAAAGGCAAACGUCGGGUAAGAAUGAAAAGUAAAGGAGAAACACCCCAGGCCUCUCUCAGUGGGUGAGAAUGACAAGGACCUGGAGGUGUUUGGCUCAGCCCCUUCUGUGACCCCCUCUUACAAGCAGUUUAGCCUCCAAGUCAGUCUCUGCUUGUGGUAAGCACUUAGCCUCCACCACAGAGGAGGCCGGUGGUUGCCUGGCUCAGCCUCUGCCUGGCCACAUGUUUAACUCAGGAACGUGGCAGAGACUAAGUCAUCCAGCAAUAUGCUUUCUCCUCUUCUAUGGUAGAAUUCUCCGUUUUUAGCUGGGUACUUUUUCCUAGUCAGACUUGGCUAAGUAACUGUGUUCUAGCUAAUGAGAUAUAAGCAAAAACCAAUGUGUCCUUAAAUGGAGACAUUUUUCUUUAUCCCCAUCUCUAUUAUUAUUGGCUAGAGCUGGGGUGUGCAUCCUGAACCCCAAAAUAACCCUAGAAAAGGAGGCCAUACAUAGCUAAUGAACAAAAUUAAAAGGAGUCCAGGUGCCAGAUCAGUCUGUUCUGCUACCUCUGGACUUUAGGUGGGAAUCUCUAGAGCCCUUAUUUAUGCUACUGUUAUUUUCAGUUUUCUAGCACUAGUGCCAAACCUAAUCAUAAUGAUCCAAGAAAACCCUUGUAACUGCAUAUUUAAGCCUUGCUUUCCAAUUUUAUCAGUAAUAAAGCUGAUAUUUUCAUUUCUGUCUGA